ACCUUCGAUGCGCCUCAGCACCGUGCUCUUCGCUGUCGCCGGCGUCGCCGCGCGCUACGUCGAGCCCGACCGCUGCACCGCGAUCCUCGUCGGCGCCAAGGCGUCGACGACCGGCGCGCCCAUGACGACGCACUCGAACGACUGCGGCAACUGCGACUUUCGCUUGAUCAAGAUCCCAGCCAUGAACCACACGCCCGGCUCGCUGCGCGACGUGACGCUGCUUCGUCAAGAGUACCCGCGCUACGUGGGCGACUCUCGCGGGCCAGCGUACACGCGCGAGAACCUCGAGACGGGCUUCUACAACUGGUCGGCGUCGCCAGCCAUCGGUCGCAUUCCGCAAGUGAACGCGACGUUCGGCUACUUUGAAGGUGUCUACGGCAUCAUGAACGAGCACCAGCUGAGCAUGGGCGAGAGCACGUGCGGCGCCAAGCUCUGGUCGACGCCCGUGUCCCACGGCGGGAAGGCGCUCUUGGACAUCACCGAGCUCGGCCGCAUUGCGCUCGAGCGCACGACGAAUGCGCGCGACGCUAUUGUGCUCAUGGGCCACCUCGCCGAAACCUACGGGUACUAUGGGGCGUCGUGGGAAGGCGACGACGUGUACGAGGAGGCUGGCGAAGCGCUCACGAUCACGGACGCACACGAAGCGUGGAUGUUUCACAUUCUGCCCGAUGACACGGGCGCGUCGGCGGUCUGGGCCGCGCAGCGCGUGCCCGCGGACCACGUGGCGGCGAUCGCCAACCAGUUUGUGAUCCAUGGCAUCGACUUGACCGACAGCGCCAACUACCUCGCGUCGGCCAACGUGUUGGAGGUCGCGAGACGCAAUGGGUUUUGGGAUGGGCUCCAGGACUUUGACUUUACCGUCGCCUACGCGCUGCAGCAGCACGAGCCUGAGCAGUACGGCUACACGCGGCGCGUCUGGCGCGUCUUUACGCUCGCGAAUCCCAACCUCGCGCUGAGUCCGUACACGGACGUCUACUCGCGGAGUUACCCGUUCUCGAUCCCGGUCGAGGCACCCUUGUCGCCGCAAGAUCUCAUGCGUAUCCAGCGCGACCACUACGAGGGCACGCCGUUCGACUUGACGCAAGGCCCGGGCGCUGGUCCGUACGGCUCGCCCGAUCGGUUCCGCGUCGGCCAAAACGCUGCAGGUGGCCAGUUUGAGCGCUCGAUUGGCAUCUACCGCGCCACGUACACGUUCGUGACGGUGCCCGACGCCGCGAACCCGAUCCAGAGUCUCUUUUGGUUUGGCCCCUAUGCCCCGCACGCGACGGCGUAUGCACCGGUGUACGCGCACAUUGGCGCGGUGCCACGCAGCCUCUCCCGGGGCACGCUCCGGCAGUACGACCCGAGCUACACGUUUUGGGCCAACGCGGUCGUUGGCAACUAUGCAAGUCGCUUCUACAAGUUUGCACACCCUGUCGUCGCCAGCGUCCAAGCCGUGUUUGAAGCCAGCGCGGUGGCAGCGCAAGCCGGUGUCCAGCGACAGGCCAGCGCGCUAUUGGCGUCGCAGGGCCACGCCGCCGCCGCCGCCUUCCUCACCAAUGCGACGACAACGUGGGCGGACGCCGCGCGCGCCGCGUUCACCGCACUGUUGCCAACACUCGUCACGUCCUUCCACGACGGCUACAUCAUGAGCGACUUGGACCACGAGGACAUGAGUGUGCGCGCGAUGGGGUAUCCGAAAUGGUACCUCGAGAGCGUCGGGUACUACGAUGGCAACACGGCCGUGCCAAGCCAGGACGUUGUCUCGGGCGCCGUGCUCUUUGUCCUCGUCGUUGUCGCCCUCGCAAGUGUCGCGCUGGGCUAUGCGAUCGGCCGUCGCAGCCACCGCGCCAAGCGCGGCUACGUCCACUUGCAGUAG